AUGUCCUAUGACGACGACAACCGACGUGGUGGUGGCUACGGUGACGACAGCUACGGCUCGUCCGGCCGCGGUGAUGACUCCUUUGGCUCUGGUCGCAGAACAGGAGGUGGCUUGGGUCAGGAUGACACAAUCGGAGACUCGGCUUACACCGGCGGUAGAACCACUGGAGACACCGAAUACGGUCUAGGAAGUGGCAGAACUGGGGCCCAAGCCUCUGGCGGCUUCGGAGGUAGCGACGACACAUAUGGCUCCCGCACCGGUGGCGAUAGCACCGGCCGCCGUGGAGACGACUUUGGCUAUUCUGGCCGUACCGGCGGUGGACUAGGCGCAGACGACACCUAUGGAGACCCAACUGCAACCGGUGGCAGAAGCACCGGCCGGGACAACGAAUACGGCAUGGGAAGUGGUCGGUCCGGAGCUCAGGCUUCCGGUGGCUACGGCCAAAGCGAUGACACCUAUGGCUCGUCUGGUCGCACUGGCGGCGGCGGCUUUGGUGAUGACAGCACCCGUCGUCGUGGAGAUGAUUUCGUCUCAUCUGGCGGUGGUACGGGCGGUGGACUCGGCACCGAUGACACCUAUGGCGACUCAACCCGCACCGGCGGCAUCGGCACAGGCCGCGACGACAACUAUGGCGUCGGCACAGGGCGCACCACUCAGCAGGAGCGUGGCGGCUUGGGUGGGGAUAGCUACGAUGAUAAUGAGCGUGAAGGCGGCAAUAAAGAUUCCACCACAGGCAAGUUGCUCGAGAAGGCGGGCGGGCUGUUCAAAAGCAGUAAGAUGGAAGAGCGAGGUGCAGAGAAGAGACGCGAGGCCGGCGGCAGCGACUAUUGA